UCUGAUCGCCAUUCUUCGACAUCUAAAUCUGGUGGAAGGAGCUCACCUAAUCAAUCCAUAAGUAGUGAAACAUGGUUUUCUGGUCAUGAAGCAGAGGAUAACAAUAAUGAGAAUGCAAAAAGCAAGAGAAGGCUGAACCAAGAAUCUGCAUCUAUAGACCGGCAUCGGCAGGAAAGGUUGAACCAAGAAUCUGCAUCUUUCCGGCAUCGGCAGGAAAUGGUUCGCUCUCAUAGUCAUGAAGAAGCAUCCAGCUCAUCAAGCUCAAGGGAACAUAUGAAGGGCACAAGGGUGGAAACAUCAGCUUCUCCAAUUGUUUUAGAGAGCAGUUUACCAUCCAAAACUAUUACACUGCCUUCUGCUGAAGACACGCCUGGGAAAAACUUCGAAGGUACCUCUGGCUCAAUUGUUCCAGAAGGAGGGCUUCCACUUCCUUCAAUUCAGGUGCGGAGAUCACCCGUUAUAGAAGAAAUAACAGAAGCUGGACAGGCUGUUCCCUCUAGCAGUAGCGAAGGGCAAGCAGUUUCAGAGACAGCCGUUGUCUUCAGUGAAGUAUCAGGGUCUAAGGUUAAAGAUGCUGAAAUGAGACAGAGAAGGUUUCUGAGGUCCGAUCAAUUUGUAAAAGACAAGUUUGAUGAGUGGGAAGAAGCAUUCAAGCUUGAAAGCGAGCAGCGGAAAAUCGAUGAAAUAUUUAUGAAGGAAGCACUAGUGGAAGCCAAAAAGGCUGCUGAUAACUGGGAAGUACCUGUUGGGGCUGUGCUGGUCCAUGAUGGAAAAAUAGUUGCUCGUGGAUGCAACCUUGUGGAAGAACUGCGCGACUCUACUGCCCAUGCAGAAAUGCUGUGCAUACGUGAGGCUUCAAACACACUUCGGACAUGGAGACUUUCGGAUACCACACUUUAUGUAACACUUGAGCCGUGUCCUAUGUGUGCUGGAGCAAUACUUCAAGCUAGAGUUGAUACUGUUGUAUGGGGAGCUCCGAAUAAGCUCCUAGGGGCCGAUGGCAGCUGGAUUAGGCUUUUCCCUGAUGGGGAUGAAGGAAGUGGCUCGGAACCAACAGAAAAACCUCCUGCUCCAGUUCAUCCUUUCCACCCAAAAAUAACAAUCAGGCGCGGUGUGCUAGCAUCAGAAUGUGCAGAUGCAAUGCAGCAAUUCUUUCGACUAAGAAGGAAAAAGAAGGAAAAGAAGUCAGAUCCUCCAACACCACCUUCAUGUCUUCCCAUUUCAAGCCAUCAGCCAAAGUUUCUCAGCAAGAUUCACGACGUGUUUCAUAUCAUGUUCUGCUUGUGAUAUUUUUUUCUGAUUUAUCUUGCUGUAAAAUUGUAUUGAUAAAACUCUUCUUUCCCCGCUCUUCUUUGCGUGUUAAAGUUCAAGAUCAAGUCAACUACUUCUGUUCUUUUAACUUCAUUCUAAUUAGACAGGAUCAAUAUGUAUUAUGUGGCCAAACCUCUGAAUUAAUUAGCAAAUUAUUGUCAUCA